UUUCCCCCCAACUCAUUAGGUCCCAGUUGUGCAGCCCAGGCUCCCCAGCAAGCAGAGAGCCCAGGAUCCCUCAGCCUUUCUCUGCAGUGACCACCUGUGCCCCUGGGCAGGGCUGAAGAUGCCUCUGUUCUCCAGGAAGAAGAAACCCAGCGAAGAUGCUCGGAAACGCCUCGAGUACCAAAUGUGCCUGGCAAAAGAAGCUGGUGCUGAUGACACCCUGGACAUAUCCAGAUGUGAGCUCUCAGAGGUUCCUUAUGGGGCCUUUGCAACUUGCAAGGUCUUGCAAAAAAAGGUGCUGAUUAUUCAUACCAAUAAUCUGACAUCCUUAGUUCCAAAGUCCUGCAGCCUCCUGAGUCUCAUAACUGUGAAGGUUCUGGAUCUGCAUGACAACCAGCUGGCAUCACUUCCUGCUGAUAUUGGUCAGCUGACAGCCCUUCAGGUCCUAAACGUUGAAAGGAAUCUUUUAAAAAGCCUUCCACAAUCUAUAGGAGACCUUGCACAGCUCCAGGUCCUCAAUGUGAAAGGUAUGGAAUGGGAUUGCUCUGGACAAAGCACAUUUAUUAUCAUGGUGAGCUGCAUUAGCAAUUAUUCCUUUCAAUCAAGACAAACCAGAUGGUUUACACUCUGAGUGCUGAGAAGAAGC